AGCAGAGCCGAGCCGCGCCGGCCCCAGCGGUGAUGAAAGCCGCGGCAGAGUCCAGGUCACGCCGAAGCCGUUGCCCUUUUAAGGGGGAGCCUUGAAACAGCGCCCGGGUUCCAUGUUUGCAUCCGCCUCGCGGGGAGGAAACUCCAUGUUGUAACAAAGUUUCCUCCGCGCCCCCUCCCUCCCCCUCCCCCUUAGAACCUGGCUCCCCUCCCCUCCGAAGCUCGCGGGGAUCCCUCCCUCCCACCCCUCCCCUCCCCCCCGCGCCCCGAUUCCGGCCCGAGCCGGGGGGGAGGCCGGGCGCCCGGGCCAGAGUCCGGCCGGAGCGGAGCGCGCCCGGCCCCAUGGACAGCUCGGCCGUCAUUACUCAGAUCACCAAGGAGGAGGCGCGGGGCCCGCUACGGGGCAAAGGUGACCAGAAGUUAGCGGCUUCUCAGAAGCCCCGGAGCCGGGGCAUUCUCCACUCGCUUUUCUGCUGCGUCUGCCGCGACGAUGGGGAGGCCCUGCCGGCGCACAGUGGGGCGCCCCUGCUGGUGGAGGAGAACGGAGCUGUCCCCAAGACCCCAGCACAGUACCUGCUCCCAGAAGCCAAGGCCCAGGAUGUGGACAAGAUCUGUGUGGUCAUCGACUUGGACGAGACCCUGGUGCACAGCUCCUUCAAGCCAGUGAACAACGCCGACUUCAUCAUCCCUGUGGAGAUUGAUGGGGUGGUCCACCAGGUCUACGUGCUGAAGAGGCCCCACGUGGAUGAGUUCCUGCAGCGAAUGGGCGAGCUCUUUGAGUGUGUGCUGUUCACAGCCAGCCUUGCCAAGUACGCAGACCCAGUAGCCGAUCUGCUGGACAAGUGGGGGGCCUUCCGGGCGCGGCUGUUUCGUGAGUCCUGCGUCUUCCAUCGGGGGAAUUAUGUAAAGGACCUGAGCCGGCUGGGCCGAGACCUGCGACGGGUGCUCAUCCUGGACAACUCGCCCGCCUCCUACGUCUUCCAUCCGGACAACGCCGUACCGGUGGCCUCCUGGUUUGACAACAUGAGCGACACGGAGCUCCACGACCUUCUGCCCUUCUUCGAGCAGCUCAGCCGUGUGGAUGACGUGUACUCAGUGCUCAGGCAGCCACGGCCAGGCAGCUAGUGAGGUGCCCUGGGGCCACAACCGGCCCCUGACCAAGGCCCACACCCUUCCCACGUGGACUUGUCCUUACGAAAACCCAGCAGCGGUGGCCCACUUCAGCCCUCAGCGGCAUGGGGAAGUGGGCCCUCCCCGCCUGCCCGGCCAGGCUGCGCCAAGAGCAAUGAGCCUCUGGGUCCCUGUGUCAGUGCCUUAGAACCUCCUCCUCCUCCUUGGGGGGCCUAUGGGGCCCUGUGGGGCGCUCCCCCUCCCUCUCCCUCUCUUUGCUGCCAUGUUUCUUUGCUGCCAAAUAGGGCCCCUUGGCCCUUUCUGGUUCUACUUGGGGGAGGGGCAGGCUUCCUGCUGCCCCAUGCCUUGGGCCCCCAGCCUGGGAACGGUGGACACCAAGUGCCUUCCUUGCAUAGAACCCUUUUUGCCCUGCCCUGUUUUCCCAGGGCCGUGAUCGGGUCGGCUCUGGCCUGGGACAGUCUCCAGAUGGCUGCAGUCUAGGCUGGCAGGGGCGAGGAAUCAGCCUCCCCACCUCCUCCCUUGGGACUGGUACAGCCCCCACCGAUCUCUGCCUCCUAGGAGGUCAGGGAGGGGAGAUCCAUUAUCAUUUGGUGAAGGGAAUGGGGUGUGUCCUGCGGGACCCCAGAGUCCAGCUUCUCUAGGCUCAGCAGCAGCUGGAAGCUGCUUCCCACACCGAGCCCUGACCUCUCACAUCUGCCAUAACCAUCCCAAGGCCCUGGGGCCACCACCCCAGCCCUGGUGUUGGGGGCAGAGGCAGGACCCAUUUGUGGUGCCAUAUAAAUAUGUAUAUGUGUAUAUAGAUUUUUAGGGGAAGGGGAGAGGGAAGGGCCAGGGUGCAGAGACCUCCCCAGUCCUUCACCCCUUUCCUGGACCCAUAAAUUGUGGGGAGGGAGGGAAAGGAUUUUUACAUUUUUUAAACUGCUAUCUUCUGAAUGAAACAGGCUGGGCCAAGGGGCCCCAAGCCCUGUCUUCUGCCCCUCACA